UGGAGGGUGAGAGGUGCUGGACCCUCUUGGCGCCUCUCACCGUCCUCACGUCCUCUCCUCCGUCGGCCCUCAGACCAUCCAAUCCACCAUGUGCGACGAUGUAGACACAACUGCCCUUGUGGUUGACAAUGGAUCCGGUAUGUGCAAGGCCGGUUUCGCCGGAGACGACGCCCCUCGCGCCGUGUUCCCCUCCAUCGUCGGCCGCCCCCGUCACCAGGGUGUGAUGGUCGGCAUGGGUCAGAAGGACGCCUACGUCGGCGAUGAGGCCCAGAGCAAAAGAGGUAUCCUGACUCUCAAGUACCCCAUCGAACACGGUAUCAUCACCAACUGGGACGACAUGGAGAAAAUCUGGCAUCACACUUUCUACAACGAACUCCGUGUUGCCCCAGAAGAGCACCCAGUUCUUCUCACAGAGGCUCCCCUCAACCCCAAGGCCAACCGUGAGAAGAUGACUCAGAUCAUGUUCGAGACCUUCAACACACCCGCCAUGUACGUGGCCAUCCAGGCCGUGCUGUCCCUGUACGCCUCUGGUCGCACCACUGGUAUUGUGCUCGACACUGGUGAUGGUGUGACCCACACUGUCCCCAUCUACGAGGGUUAUGCUCUUCCUCACGCCAUCCUUCGUCUCGACUUGGCUGGUCGUGACCUGACAGCAUAUCUGAUGAAAAUCCUUACAGAACGUGGCUACUCUUUCACCACCACCGCUGAACGUGAAAUUGUACGCGAUAUUAAGGAAAAACUUUGCUAUGUUGCUCUUGAUUUUGAAAGUGAGAUGAAUAUUGCAGCAUCUUCAUCUACCUUGGAAAAAUCUUACGAGCUUCCCGACGGCCAGGUCAUCACCAUCGGGAACGAACGCUUCCGUUGCCCCGAGAGUCUGUUCCAGCCUUCCUUCCUGGGUAUGGAAUCUGUUGGUAUCCAUGAAACCGUGUACAACUCCAUCAUGAGGUGCGACAUUGAUAUCAGGAAGGAUCUCUUCGCCAAUAAUGUUUUGUCUGGUGGCACAUCAAUGUACCCUGGUAUUGCUGACCGCAUGCAGAAGGAAAUCACUGCUCUUGCUCCUUCCACCAUCAAGAUCAAGAUCAUUGCUCCUCCCGAGCGUAAAUACUCCGUGUGGAUCGGUGGUUCCAUCUUGUCUUCCCUCUCCACUUUCCAGGCCAUGUGGAUCACCAAGGAAGAGUAUGAUGAGUCCGGCCCCGGCAUCGUACAUCGCAAGUGCUUCUAAAUUUCAUGUCAUAUAGUUUUUGUGGUUUCAGACCUUUGCAAAUAUCAGGUUUCAGACUACUCUUCUGGGUGUGCUUGCGGUCCUUGUGCUUGCUGGAAGCUGGAUUCCGUAAGAAUGGUUAAGCAAAUAUACCUUUCGUAUUACCUUCA